AUGCCGUCAAUGUCUAGGGCCGGCUCUAGAUGCGACGGAUACCGAGAUGCCGAGAGCUAUGUGACAUUCCGAGAUCAGACUGGCGAGACGGUGAGCAAGGCUUUCCCCCCGGCCCCCGGGAACAGCACGCUCCGUUCUGCGCUCCAUGGCAAGGAGCGGGUCUCUGCAUUAUCCCAUGGAGUUCAGCAAGUCGACCAAGGCCCUUGGCCCGCUGUCGCGGUACGACCGGAAGAUCAGGCGCUGCGUUUCUUCUUCCACCAUUACGUUGCGCGCGCGCCCGGGCGACCCCCAAGCCACCCGGACUGCCUGGGCAUCAUCUACAAGCGAGCAACUGGGCCGGGAUACCUGGCUAGUCUCAUCGUCGCCGUGGGACUAGCGAGCCUGGCGCAUGUGCGAAAUGCGCCCAUGCUGGGUCAUGCCGCCAGCCAGGCGGUUUCUCGCGCUCUUCGUGAUAUGCGUACGGCGCUGGCGGACCCCAGCAGCGCGGCAUCCGACCAGAUGCUGGUCACCGUAAUGCUUUUGGCCUUGUUCGAGACUGUCACUCCGGAUGGUGAUGGCAAUGUGGGCUCAUGGGACAGGCAUGUAAGCGGUGCCGUGGCGUUGAUCCAUCUCCGAGGCGUCGGCCAGCUACGCAACAGGAUCGGUCGAGGCAUUUUUCUCCACGCGCGUACGGAGAUCCUCCUAAAUUGCCUUCAGCGCGGGCUACGGGUGCCAAUCAUAUUACUCAACAAGAUGAAGGAGGCCAGACAUUACGAAACAGAGCACGAAUCCCCCGCCUCCCGACUAGCAGAUCUCGUUGCCGAUGCUUGCGCCGUUCUAGCCUCCUGUAAGGACGGUAGCAUGGACGCGCUGAAUCUACCUCCAUGUGUCUCCGCAAUCCUUGCGGUUGAUACAGACCUGGAACGCUGGUCCGAAUCCCUCCCAGCAGACUACGAGUUUACAAACUGCACCCGUCAAAGCGACGUGCAACACGCCGAAAUGUAUCAGCUGGGUCGGGAUGGUACGUACACCAGCGUUGACGUCGCCCACACAUGGAACCUGCAGCGCUGUGCGCGCAUCCUCCUCCACCAGGCACUUGUUGCGCUGUUAUCACUCUCACUCCCCCAGCAGCCGUCUCCCCUGUCAGCGUCCGCACUGCAGCCCUCACUCGGACCACCAUGCCUAUACCUCUUGGAUUCCUCGAUAUUGCUGAUCCAGGAGCUUUCCAAGGAUAUAUGCUCCAGCGUUCCAUAUAUCCUCCAUGCCUGCGACAAGGCCGGCAAACCACAGGACGGCCUACGCGCUGCGUCCAUCGUGCCCCUGCUGUGGCCACUCUACCUUGCAGGAACAUCUCACGGUCGCAGUGACGCUUUGCGCGACUGGGUCUUACAGAAGAUGAAAGCCAUUGAAAAGGAGACGGGGAUUCACAAAGCGAGGCUCAUGACGGCGGAGAUCCGACGGCGAUCUCCGUCGUUUGUCUUAACUUAA